AUGAAAUAUAGCAAAAAUCAAAUAGUUUAUGUAAUAUUUUUUAUUAUAAUACUAAUUGUUGUUAAACCAAUAGAAUCAGUAGAAUGGAGUGAUUGUAGUGAUCCAAGUGAUUCAUUUAAAAAUAAAGAAUUUGAAUUUAUUACCACCCAUUCCAAAGAUGAUUGA